AGAAGAACUGAGGAGUGAGGAUUCCAAUCGCUCCUCUUAUUCUUCUGCUACUUCUCUUGGUGGUUCCACUACAAGAACUACUACUGCUACUACUACUACUACCAUCACUUUGUGGACAAAAUUGCAUUCAUUCAGUCAGUCCGUCAGUCAGUCAUUCAUGUUUUCCUUGGCAUGUAAAUCUGGACUUUCAGCUGCGUGAUUUGAGUGUGCGGCAUAUCCCUUCAGUUCUGCUUCAUCAGGAGAAUGAGUGUUAUCUUUACAAACAAGAGAAAGCAGAAUGAUAUCUUUACCUUCAGAUAAUUGAAGAAAACCAUCAUCAAAUUGUGCUCGUCAUCGUGUUUAAUCGACAUUUAAUUCGUGUUCAUAAACAAAUGACUGUGAUCAUGACUUUAGUGACGUACAAUUGAAGUUGCGCUUGACAAAAGGUGUUUUUUUGCAAACGCGAUCAUCAAAGUGUGCGAUUUCCUUGUCAGUUGCAUCAAGUACCAUUUCACAAAAUAAGUUAAGCGAAACUCUAACAUUUUUUGAACAUAGGUUCAUCCACCUACAAAUACUUAAAACUCAUUCAAGAUGGGCAAGCAGAAUAGCAAAUUGAAGCCGGAAGUUCUUGAAGACUUGAAACACAAUACCGAAUUUUCCGACGCGGAGAUUCAGGAAUGGUACAAAGGAUUCCUGAAAGAUUGCCCUAAUGGACAGCUCAGUGUUGAGGAAUUUAAAAAGAUAUAUGGCAACUUUUUCCCAUAUGGAGAUGCCUCUAAAUUUGCCGAGCACGUCUUCAGAACCUUCGACGCCAAUAAUGAUGGUUCCAUCGACUUCCGCGAGUUCCUGUGCGCCCUCUCCGUCACUUCCAGAGGCAAGUUAGAACAAAAGCUGAAAUGGGCGUUCACUAUGUACGACUUGGAUGGAGAUGGGUUCAUCACCCGUCAAGAAAUGCUGGAGAUCGUCACAGCCAUUUACAAGAUGGUCGGUUCAGUUAUGAAGAUGCCCGAAGAUGAAUCGACGCCGGAAAAAAGGACAGAUAAGAUAUUUCGUCAAAUGGACAAGAACAUGGAUGGCAAGCUAUCAUUAGAGGAGUUCAUAGAAGGAGCCAAAAGUGAUCCUUCCAUUGUUCGUCUUCUUCAGUGCGAUCCUCAAUCCUCUCAUUAAUCACUUCCCCAAAAGAUAGAUCACCUUCGCUUCAUUGAUCUAGACUGAAACAAAUUCCAUUGUUAUGACGUCUAAUUGUAUUGGUAACGAGAAGGUAUCAUCGCUAUCCAGCUUGACAACUUCAGUGGUUUUAUCGUUAAAUGUAAAUCAUUCAUCUUCAGAUGAACUCUCAAUCAGCUUUUCGGAUUGCAUUGUUACGAAUUUUUCAAAAGCUAAAUGAAAAGGAGAGGAGUUUUGAUAGAAACUGAUGAAGGAACUGCGCCUUGCAUACAAUACUAAUGAAAGCAACACAUCAACCAAAGAUGACAGCUGAGCGGCAUAGUACCUUAGGGUAUGAUUCAAAAGAUCUUUUUUUUGUUUUGUUGAUAUUUUUGUGUUCGAAAUGUAAUCUUCUGCUUCAAUUUUUGAAGAUUUUUGAACCAUACCUCGUGAAUUGCUCACUAAUAGUCAUAA